AUGCUCCGAACUCUGGCCACGGCCAGUUCAGUCUGGGGGCCCCGAGUGGCAGGCAAAGUGCGGACCAUGGCCUCUUACCAGCUGCUGGUGGCCCCCCCAGAGGCCCUGCUGAAGCCCCUCUCUGUCCCCAACCGGCUCCUGCUGGGGCCCGGCCCCUCCAACCUGACUCCGCGCGUGCUGGCGGCAAGCGGGCUGCAGAUAAUUGGGCACAUGCACAAGGAGAUGUUCCAGGUGAUGGACGAGAUCAAGCAAGGCAUCCAGUAUGUGUUCCAGACCAAGAACCCCCUCACGCUGGCCAUCAGUGGCUCAGGACACUGCGCCCUGGAGGCUGCCCUGAUCAACCUCCUGGAGCCGGGGGACUCCUUUCUGGUCGGGGCCAAUGGCAUCUGGGGGCAGCGGGCUGUGGACAUCGGGGAGCGCAUUGGAGCUCACGUGCACCCGAUGAUCAAGGACCCUGGAUACCACUACACACUGCAGGAGGUGGAGGAGGGCCUGGCUCAGCACAAGCCGGUGCUGCUGUUCUUGACCCACGGGGAGUCGUCCAGCGGUGUACUGCAGCCCCUGGAUGGCUACGGGGAGCUCUGCCACAGGUACAACUGCCUGCUCCUGGUGGACUCAGUGGCGUCCCUGGGUGGUUCCCCCAUCUACAUGGACCAGCAAGGCAUUGACGUCUUGUACUCAGGCGCCCAAAAGGUCCUGAAUGCCCCUCCAGGGACCUCGCCCAUCUCCUUCAGUGACAAGGCCAGGAACAAGAUCUACUCUCGGAAGACGAAGCCCUUCUCUUUCUCGCUGGACAUCAAGUAUCUGGCCAACCUCUGGGGCUGUGACGACAAGCCCAGGAUAUACCAUCACACCACCCCCAUCAUCGGCUUGUAUAGCCUGCGAGAGGCCCUGGCCCUCAUGGUGGAACAGGGCCUGGAGAACAGCUGGCGGCGGCACCGGGAGGUGGUGGCCUACCUGCACGGGCGCCUGCAUGAGCUGGGGCUGCAGCUCUUCGUGAAGGACGCGGCGCUCCGGCUGCCCACGGUCACCACCGUGGCCGCCCCCGCCGGCUAUGACUGGAGAGACAUUGUCAACUACGUCAUGGACCACUUUGACAUUGAGAUCACAGGUGGCCUCGGGCCCUCAAUGGGGAAGGUGCUGCGGAUCGGCCUGAUGGGCUGCAAUGCCACCCGGGAGAACGUGGACCGGGUGACAGAGGCCCUGAGGGAGGCCCUGCAGCGCUGCCCCAAGAACAAGCUAUGA